AUGAACCUCAUGGUCUUGGUCUUGGUUUGUCUACACUGCUCAGAGGGUUUGGUUGUUUACCCGAUUCUCCAUAGAAUCAUUUAGUCUACUUGCCAGGUGAUGGAGGAGCAUGGUGUACUGGAGACAUUCCUAAAGACCCACCCAAAGGUUGAUCCAGCUGCCAAGUAUCAUUUCAAUAAUGAUGCUGUUUCUUAUGAGCCUUUAACAAACCUUACUUUGCAGUCACUCUACUUUGGGAAGAUCAGCAUUAGGACACCACCCCAAAAUUUCCUGGUCCUCUUCGACACUGGCUUCUCCAACCUGUGGGUACCCUCCACCUACUGCCAAAGCCAGACCUGCUUUGAUCACAACAGGUUCAAUCCCAGCCUGUCCUCCACCUUCAGAAACAAUGGACAAACCUGUACACUGUCCUGUGGGAGUGGCAGCCUGAGUGUGGUCCUGGGAUACGACACCGUGACUGUGAUUCAGAACAUCGUCAUCAAUAACCAGGAGUUUGGCCUGAGUGAGAAUGAACCCAGCAACCCCUUCUACUAUUCAGACUUUGACAGGAUUCUGGGCAUGGCCUACCCAAACUUGGUGGUGGGGAAUGUCCCAACAGUCAUGCAGGGGAUGCUGCAGCAGGGCCAGCUCACUCAACCCAUCUUCAGCUUCUACUUCUCUAACCAACCAGCCUGUCAUUAUGGUGGGGAGCUCAUCCCGGGAGGUGUGGACACCCAACUAUAUUCUGGUCAGAUCAUCUGGGUGCCUGUCACCUGGGAACUCUACUGGAAGAUUGCCAUCCAGGAGUUUGCCGUCGGUAACCAGAUCACGGGCUUGUACUCCCAGGGCUGCCAAGCCAUUGUGGAUGCUGGGACCUUCCUGCUGGCUGUUCCCCAGCAGUACAUGAGCUCCUUUCAGGCAGCAGGAGCCCAGAGGGCCCAAAAUAGUGAUUUUGUGGUCAACUGCAACUACUUACAGAGCAUGCCCACCAUCACCUUCAUCAUCAGCAGGUUCCAGUUCCCUCUGCCUCCCUCUGCCUAUAUCUUCAAUAACAAUGGCUACUGCAGACUUGGGAUUGAGGCCACUUACCUGCCCUCCCUCACUGGGCAGCCCCUAUGGAUUCUGGGAGAUGUCUUCCUCAAGGAAUAUUUCUAUGACACGGCCAACAAUAAGGUGGGCUUUGCCCUCUCUGCUUAG